GUUUAUUCAGAGGAGAGCCUUCAGCACAUGAUUGAAGUUUAAUAUGCAUUAACGCUGAAUCUGAGCAUCACACUCAUACGCACACACACGCUCACUGGAGCUCCGCCACAGCCCGCAGCUGCAUUGACCGUAAACAGAGCAAGGUAGCGCAUGGGCAGCCAGCAGGGAAUUAUUCCACAUCGCAUCACAUCAGUGAGCAUACAUGGCGUCCUCACACACCGAGACAUGUAUUUAGUGUGCGGGCUGACGGAGUAGCCGCCAAAUUUUUAUUUUUUUAUUUUUUAUUUUGCAGCCAUCAUUCUUUGCGUCGGUGUGCAGCAGCAGCAGCAGCAGCAGCAGCAGGGAAGGAUUCAGCGCACAUUGCUACAGUAGGUAUCAUUUUUCUGGAUCAAGACGAUGGAUGUGGGUUCAUCCGGAUCUAUUCCUGCAAAUACGGCGGACGGGCGCGAUUUUUUAUUCCAAACGCAUCCGCAUCUUCCGUAUGUUGCAAGGUGUCUUUGAGGGGAAAAAAGGGUACGCGGACCUCUGGAGGAAAUGAGAAGAAAGGGCUAUUUUGACUCACGCCUGUCGAGAUGGAGGCGUCAUUGAAAGGACCCGUACGUUCAAGAUCACCUCAUUAGAUCAUUAAGGAUCAUUGUUAAUCACAGCGAAAGGAGCACCUCUUAGCUGUGACCUGCAAUUUCUUUUGUUUGUCUAUGAGCGCUGAAUCACAAAGAAGACUGAUCCCAUCGUCGACCCGAUGUAGGAACCGCUCUCUCCGAUUCCCACAACCUCCACUCUUGCUUGGAUUUCAGCAUUCAGUCAAAUCCACCAGGACAGAGUAUGCCAUCUGCACCUUUCCACAGAAUCCUACGACCCCUUCUGCUCGGCACGUUCAUACUGGGAUGCUUUGUGACUCUGUUUUUGAUGUAUUUUAAACCAUCCACCAGCUGGUUAUCAGGUCCCGUAGAGUCCACAGUAUCCACAGACCGGGUCAAGAACCUCUUCUCCACCAAGAGCGACAAAAACGUGACCACCGUCCUGAUCUGGCUCUGGCCCUUUGGACAAACCUACGACCUGGGCGUGUGCAGCUCUCUCUUCAACAUUGAUGGCUGUUUCAUCACAGCGGACAGGAACCUCUACAACAAGUCGGAUGGGGUCGUCAUCCAUCACCGGGACAUCUGCACCGACCUGUCCAACCUGCCACCGCUCCAGCGACCAUCCUUCCAGAAGUGGAUAUGGAUGAACUUGGAGUCGCCUUCGCACUCCUCCCAACUGCCUGGGAUUGAGAACCUGUUUAAUCUGACUCUCAACUACCGUCAGGAUGCUGACAUUGAAGUGCCUUAUGGGUCAAUCGUAGCAGCGGAGGGCGAGGAGGACUUUGUCCCACCCAGCAAGAACAAACUGAUCUGCUGGAUUGUGAGCAACUGGAACCAGGACCACGUGCGCGUGAAGUACUACAAUGAGCUAUACAAACACAUUGAGGUUCACGCGUACGGACAAGCCUUCGGGGAGUACAUCUCGGACCAAGACUACUUCCCUACCAUUGCCAGCUGCAAAUUCUACCUGGCUUUUGAGAACUCCAUCCACAAGGACUACAUCACUGAGAAACUGUACAACCCGCUUUCUGUGGGGACUGUGCCGGUGGUUCUUGGCCCGCCCAGGCAGAACUACGAGAACUUUAUCCAGGGGGACGCCUUCAUCCAUGUGGACGACUUCACCUCGCCAAAGGAGCUGGCCGAUUACCUGCUGCUCUUGGACAAGAAUGAGGAAAUGUACCUCAGGUACUUUGAGUGGAGGCGGCACUUUAAAGUAAAGAAGGCCUAUUUCUGGGCAGAGCACACAUGCCUGGCUUGUGAUUACCUGCGUAGGCACAAGGAGUACAAGGCAUUCAAUAACCUUGACAAGUGGUACUGGGGCGGAUAGUGCUUUGAAGGGCUAUGCAGUGCUUGUUUUGUUGUUAAAGGCUGUGCUUUAAGGUUUUUGUCCUUCGGUUAACAUGAAGGUUCAUUACUGUUCUGUCCAGAGCUCCGGAAUGAUGUUUUUCUAUUGGUUCAGUGGCCAAGUGACACAUCCAUCAUGUUUUUUAAAUUUUUUUUAUUCACAAGCCAAUUUUGCUAAGCCUUACUUUGCCUUUGGUGUUUUUCAUUUAUUAUUUAUUCUUUAUG